AAUGUCUCAGGAGCGAAAGCUUGGAUCGGUGGUUCCAGCUUUCACAAAGCCCGAAAGCAACCAAGAAAGAUAAAAAAAGGGAAAGCUUUCUCCGAUAUUGACGCCAAACAAUGCCGGAGAAAGUGUUCUGCCCAGCGGUGUCAUCUUAUCCAUGGACUCCUCGGUCAAACCUUUUCCUGCAUUGGCGGUUUGGUGCAUUGACGACGGUGGUUUUUCUGGCAAUGGUGGCUGUUUGGACUAUUGAUGGGUGUAAUGUAAAGAGUUUUGUUGAAGCAUGGAGAUUCCGGCGAGAGUAUCUGACACACGCCCACCUGAAUCUGACCCAUAACGACGAAAAUGUCACUGUUACUCUCUCUUACAUACCCGUUGGGAAUCACUCGCUGGAUCAUCCAAGCGACCUUGAUUUUCAGCCUCCCUUUCCUGCUAAUCUUACCCACACUGAACCGGAACCAAAACCGGAACCGGUACAGGAACCGGAACCGGUACAGGAAUCGGAACCGGUACAGGAACCGGAACCAGCCUUUGUCCUCGGUUCAUCUGAAUCGUAUCAGAAUCUGACCCAGCCCAGUUGGAUUUCCGUUGAGUUGGAACCGAAUUUGACGUCGAAUCUCCUUGCCCGGUGGCUAGCUCCAGGAGGUGAGCCGUGUAGAGAUAUACGUAGCGUGGAGAUUGCUAUUCCCGGUUUGGAUGGUCGACAAUCGAUUGAGCUAUCCGCCGCAGAAGUCCACGAGUUUGUUUUUCAUGCAUUGGAUGAUGCCGGAAAACCCCUUUGUUUGGGUGGCGAUUACUUUGAAACUGAUCUUUCUGGGGAGAUAUGGAAGUCUCGGCCGGUGGUUAAGGAUUUCGGCAAUGGUUCAUACUCUUUGUCGCUUCAAGUACAUCCUGAUUUUGCCGGAAAUUACAAUCUCAGCAUAACCCUCCUUUUCCGGCAUUUCGAGGGUCUCAAAUUGUCACCGGGGCGAUUCGCCUACGACAGAGAGCUUCGUAGGAUUCCGAUCAAGUUCUACAACACCACAGCUCAGUUGCCGGAACUGCAAACAUGUCGAAAAUCGGACUUCACUCGAGAAGUCUGGUCCGGAAGAUGGACGCGGCACGGUAGGAACGAUGAUUGCCAGAUCAGCAACGAUGGCCGUUACCGGUGUCUACCGUGGAACUUCCCGUGCCGGAAUCCUUGGUGCGACGGCUCAUUGGGAAUGUUGGAGAGCAAUGGGUGGGUCUACUCAGCACAUUGUUCAUUCAGAUUGUUCUCGGCUCAUUCCGCUUGGAACUGCUUGAAGAAUCGAUGGAUUUUCUUCUGGGGCGAUUCGAAUCACGUCGACACUAUCCGAAACAUAUUGAACUUCAUCCUCAAUCUGCCUACUGAAUCGGUUCCGAGACGUUUCGACAUGAAUUUCACGAAUCCGAAAAACCCCUCCGAGACCGUUCGCAUUACCAGCAUUUUCAAUGGGCACUGGAACGAAACCCUGAACUACCAGGGCUUGAACUCUCUCAAAAACGACGCCUUUCGAGACCUGUUGAAGAGAUAUUUCAACGAGAGUACGGUGCCUGACACUAUCAUCAUGAACUCAGGCCUACACGACGGCAUUUAUUGGCAUAAUCUUAGGGGUUUCACUGUUGGUGCGAGAGAUGCGGCGUCCUUCUGGGCCGAAAUCUUGGAGUCGAUCAGACUUAGGGGGCUGGUGCCGCCCAAGGUCAUAUACCGAACCACCGUAGCGACCGGGGGUUACGCGCGGACGAUGGCCUUCAAUCCCAGCAAGAUGGAGGCGUUCAACGGGGUUGUUUUGGAUAACUUGAAGACCGCCGGCCUACUCUCCGGCGUCAUCGACGAUUUCGACAUGACAUUCCCCUGGCACUUCGACAAUCGGUGCAACGACGGCGUACAUUACGGCCGGAAGCCGGCGAAGAUGAAGUGGAGGGACGGCCAGAUCGGCCACCAGUACUUCGUCGACAUAAUGCUGGCGCACGUGCUGCUGAACGCGCUCUGCGCAAGCUAGCACGAAAAGGGACGCUGAUGCUAAGACGCGCCAGGGCGACACUUUCUCCAUCAGUUAUGUUCACUCAAAUCAGGAAGACUUCCCACAUGCAGCAUUGGGCCGCGCCCCCGAUCUAAUGCGACAACAUAGUUGCGGUGGCCUUUGGCCUCCCCGCUUUACACCCCACACUUCACUUAUUUUGACAUUUGUUGAUUUUUUAUUUGUGAUUAUUGAUAUAAUUUUUGUCAAGCUUAUGUCCAUGACUUCUCCUUAGACCAUAUAUCUAUAUACAUAUAUUUGUAGAUAAUUUUUUCCUAUAGUAAGGUGUAUUUGUAUUUCCUGAAUUAUAAACGCUACCAAAUGAUAAUUAGAAUUGAAAAGCCA